AUGGUAGCGAGCUUGAAGAAGAAGAAAGCGUCGGAGAAUAGCUUCGUUCUACUUCCGAUUUCAGUUCGUAGAAGGAAUUUUACUCUCUCGCCGUCAGUUACUUUGUUCGAGGAUUCGUCACAGUUCAACGAUGCAGAUAAAUCAUUGGCCUCUGUGUAUGGUGGUGCUAGACCUUCUCUAGACAGAGUUUUGAAGAAUGUAAAGUGGGGAUUUGAGAAAGGUUCAGAAAAAAUCAAAACCUUCAAGAGGCCAUUAAGUUUCCGUUCACACAACAAGGAUACUGUGCAGAAAGAAAAAUCGAGUGUCACGCAGAAGAAUAUCAUAAACCCACAGGGUUUGUUUCUGCAGAACUGGAACAAAAUAUUCCUCUUUGCAUGUGUGGUUGCUUUGGCGAUAGAUCCUCUGUUUUUCUACAUCCCCAUAGUGGAUGGCGUGAGGCACUGUCUUACUCUGGACUCAAACUUGGAGAUAGCCGCGAGUUUGUUUCGCACACUCAUCGAUGCUUUCUACAUAAUCCACAUUGUGUUUCAGUUCAGGACAGCUUACAUCGCUCCUUCUUCCCGGGUCUUUGGGAGAGGCGAAUUGGUGGAUGAUGCUAAAUCCAUAGCCUUCAAGUACCUCUCUUCUUACUUCAUCAUUGAUCUACUUUCCAUCCUUCCUCUCCCACAGAUUGUAGUCUUGGCUGUUAUUCCCAGUGUCAACAAGCCGGUCUCCUUGCUCACAAAGGACUACCUCAAAUCUGUCGUAAUUGUUCAAUAUGUUCCCAGGAUUCUUCGAAUGUAUCCGCUUUACACCGAAGUGACGAGAACAUCUGGGAUUGUCACUGAAACAGCAUGGGCUGGAGCUGCUUGGAACCUCUCUCUCUAUAUGUUAGCCAGUCAUGUGUUUGGAGCUUUAUGGUACUUGAUCUCGGUAGAACGAGAAGACAGAUGCUGGCAAGAGGCGUGCCAGAAGAGAAACUGUAAGAUUCAAAAUCUCUACUGUAACGACAAUCAUGAUGUUAACAACGAUUUCCUCACCGCUUCUUGCCCGUUUCUCGACCCUGGCGAUAUUACAAACUCAACGGUCUUCAACUUUGGCAUCUUCACUGAUGCUCUAAAGAGUGGGGUUGUUGAAUCGCAUGAUUUCUGGAAGAAGUUCUUCUACUGCUUCUGGUGGGGUCUGCGAAAUCUAAGUGCCUUAGGACAAAAUCUCCAAACGAGCAAAUUCGUCGGUGAAAUCAUCUUUGCUAUAUCAAUUUGCAUAUCUGGACUGGUUUUAUUUGCGCUACUUAUCGGCAACAUGCAGAAAUACUUGGAAUCAACAACAGUCCGAGAGGAGGAAAUGAGGGUGAGAAAGAGAGAUGCAGAGCAAUGGAUGUCCCACAGGAUGUUGCCUGAAGACCUGAGGAAACGUAUCAGAAGAUAUGAACAAUAUAGAUGGCAAGAGACUAGAGGAGUCGAAGAAGAUACCCUUCUUCGUAACCUCCCUAAAGACCUCAGAAGAGACAUCAAACGCCAUCUCUGCCUAGAUCUCCUCAAGAAAGUACCUAUGUUUGAGAUAAUGGAUGAGCAAUUACUUGACGCUGUUUGCGAUAGGCUAAAACCGGUUCUCUACACGGAGAACAGCUACGUGAUCCGUGAAGGAGAUCCGGUUGGAGAAAUGCUGUUUGUGAUGAGAGGAAAGCUUAUAAGUGCCACCACUAAUGGAGGAAGAACUGGCUUCUUUAAUGCCGUGUACCUUAAGGCAAGCGAUUUCUGUGGAGAAGAUCUUCUCACGUGGGCAUUAGAUCCUCAAUCUUCGUCUCACUUUCCCAUCUCCACGAGAACAGUCCAAGCUCUAACCGAAGUCGAAGCCUUUGCUCUUGCAGCAGAGGAUCUCAAGUCUGUCGCUUCACAGUUCAGACGCCUCCAUAGCAAGCAACUCCAACAUACAUUCAAGUUUUAUUCGGUGCAAUGGAGAACAUGGGGCGCAUCUUUCAUACAGGCGGCGUGGCGGAGGCACUGUCGGAGGAAGUUAGCCAAGUCAUUACGCGAUGAAGAAGACCGGCUCCGAGACGCGCUCGCUAAUCAAGACAGAGAACGCCAACGCAAACGCGAUGAAGCAGCUGCUUCUUCGUCGUUGAGCCUCGGAGCCACGCUUUACGCGUCGCGUUUCGCCUCAAACGUGCUUCACAGUCUGAGGCACAAUAUCUCCAACCUCCCUCCUCGGUACACUCUUCCUUUGUUACCUCAGAAACCAACCGAGCCUGACUUCACCGUCGAUCAUACAAGUGACCCUUAG